CCUCCGGGUAAAAUUUUUCUUAUUGGAGGGAGAGCGAGCGAGCCAGCCGAACGACUGCUUCCGCCGUGCGAAAAAAGCGGAGGAGAGAGACCGCGACAUAGAGAACCAUAAGAACAAGAGAGAAGAAAAGAAAAAAGGCUUCCCGAUUUUUUGAAAUCUCCGCCCUCAAAUCCGCUCUCUGUAUUUGAUCUCGUCUCUCCUACUACCCUAACGGAUGCCUCGAGAGUUGACGGAUCGCUCUCCCCGCUAGCUUCUCUCGAUUCCACUCCAGAUCUUCUUGUCCGAUGAUCUCCACCGCUGUGGCAGCUUCCAAGUCUGGAUUCUGAUGUGAUUGGCGCUUCAAGUCGAUCCGGAGAGCGUAAAGAUCAGUUCUUGUGGUUCUUUUUGCGGGAAAGUUAACUUGGAUUGGAUUUGUGGGGUUCUUGCUCGGCUUGUUGUUUGGGGGUUGGUAUCUGGUUGUUGGGAGCUGGAAAGGAGGGAGCUUUGGGGGGUUUUGAGAGGUUUCUUUCACGUUACGCUGGGUGGGUGUUCGUGGAAUGUUGGUUUGAUCUCUUGGUGCCUUUCUUGCAUUGCAUUUGAAAUUUUAGGUUUGGCAGCUGGAAAUGUUUAUCAGAAGGGAUUUUACUCUUUAGAAAGAAAUAGAAAGGAAUUUCUUGGCUCGGAGUUUUGGUCCGACGGUUUGGGUUGGAGUUGACUUCUCAAGGGUUUUGCAGACUCUCAAGAACCUCUUAUAGAAAAAGAUUCAUCUAGAGAGGAGAAGAACUCCGAAAAAGAAUUGUAACGGACUAGUAUGAUUUCUUAUGGGGUUAUUUUCUCUUUUCCAGUGGACUAAAGAUAACAGACUUGCUACCUAUGUUUCAUAAGGAGUUGCAACCUCCUGUAGGAGGAGGAAUUAUAUGGACACUAACUAUUUGUUUGAUGGGAUAGCUUUUUCUCCCUCAUGUUUUGCUAUCUUUUUCUCACUUUUUUACUAGCUUCCUCAUAAUAGAAAAAUGCAGUUUUCCAGAGCUCUGAUCAGUGAGACAUGUUCUCUUUUCAUUUUUGCAGUAAAUUUAUAAUUAAUCAAUAACACACGCUGCAUUGGUGCUACUCUGUAGAUUCUGCAUAAUGUUCUGUAUUUUGGUGUCUGAUGGUUAAAGCUGAUGAGAUUAGAAGGAAUGAUGAUGUUCAGGUUGUUGUCAUGAGGAGAACAAAUGAAGAUACCUCAGGCGUGGCAGCUAUGCAUUGGGGAUCAAUAUAAAAUGCCGGCCCCGCGCCACAGACCCACCUCAAGAAGGCCUCUCUGGAUAAUUGUUUUAAUAUCUCUUGUUUGCGUCUUAUUGAUAGGGGCCUAUAUCUAUCCAGCUCGGCAUUAUCCAGAGUGCUAUUUCUUUGCUUCUAGUGUUUGCGCUCCUUUUAAGGACUGGUAUCCUGCUAUGCCUGCUCGGAUACUUACUGAUGAUGAGAUGGUUUCUCGUGUUGUCAUUAAAGACAUCCUUUCAAUGCCAUUGGUUCCAUCAAAGAAUCCCAAAAUUGCUUUCAUGUUCUUGACACCAGGAUCCUUGCCCUUUGAAAGGCUGUGGGAGAAAUUCUUCCUGGGCAAUGAGGGAAGAUUCUCCAUCUACAUACAUGCAUCAAGGGAAAAGCCAGAACAUGCGAGUCCCUUAUUUAUUGGUCGAGACAUUCGAAGUGAAAAGGUGGUGUGGGGGACGAUUUCUAUGGUUGAUGCAGAGAAGAGACUAUUGGCAAAUGCACUCCAGGACACUGAUAAUCAGCGUUUUGUAUUGCUUUCUGACAGUUGUGUUCCACUACGUGAUUUUGAUUAUGUGUAUAAUUAUCUGAUGGGAACAAACGUCAGCUUUAUUGACUGCUUUCAGGAUCCUGGCCCACAUGGAAAUGGAAGGUACUCUAAGCAUAUGUUGCCUGAGGUUGAAGAAAGGGACUUUAGAAAGGGUGCACAGUGGUUCUCAGUCAAGCGGCAACAUGCUUUGUUAAUUUUAGCAGACAGCCUUUACUACAUGAAAUUCAAGCGUUAUUGCAAGCCAAAUAUGGAUGGACGCAAUUGCUAUGCUGAUGAGCAUUACUUGCCAACCCUUUUCCAUAUGGUUGAUCCUUCUGGAAUUGCCAAUUGGUCAGCAACACAUGUAGAUUGGUCUGAAGGAAAGUGGCACCCAAAAGCGUAUCGAGCUCGAGAUGUUACCUACGAACUCCUGAAGAAUAUAACAGUGUGUUUUUCCCCCAGAAAAAUGUUGCCCUUUUCAUCACAGGUUCAACUUAAUCUGAGGUUCACGGAUUUUAAUUUAAUUCUUCUAAUUUGGAUUCAAUUGCAGUCUAUUGAUGCGAGUUAUCAUGUUACAAGUGAUGCAAAGAAAGUCGCAACAUGGAGACCUUGUUUGUGGAAUGGGGCGAAAAGACCAUGUUAUUUAUUUGCCAGGAAAUUUUAUCCUGAAGCUCUGGAUAAUCUGAUCCAUUUAUUCUCCAAUUAUACGGCCAUAUGAGUCAUCCACAUGGUUAUCAGCCAUUCUUUGGUAAUGGAUCUGCUUCUGACCUUUGUUGCUCACCUGUCAUCCAUUAUUUUAUAAGCAUCCUGUAAUUGAUAAACCACGACAUGCUGUCCCAAUGCAUUCUGGUUCUGAUUUGGAUAUAUGGGAGAAGGUUGUUGGUGCAAUUGGGUUAAUUUAGAUUCCUGUGUCUCAGUGUAGGGCUGAAGUGGCUGUCUAUUAAUUGGUACACUAUGCCCUCUCUCAGGUAGUCUGUUUGUAUAUUUUCUAGCUUUGCUUAGUUUAGUUCUCUCCUUUGAUUCACUUAUUUCUUAAUGAUUCUGCCAUUUGAACAGCACAUUUUGUUAGUCUAUUUAAAUGUUUUAAGAUGAUCCAUUUUUUGUAGAGACGAAGAAAAUUUAUAAACCACAUUUCUUCUUGCAA